UCUGGAGGUCCCAGGAAUUUCCUGCCCACAAGGAACAUGAGGUUGUGGUACAGCACUGUGCCGGCACUAGUUAGCAUGAUGUUGUUUUUCUCGAUCCAACCAUCAAUCUGCUGCAACAAGGCUCUGUGUGCUAGUGAUGUCAGUAAAUGCUUAAUUCAGGAGCUAUGUCAAUGCCGACCAGGUGAAGGAAACUGUUCGUGUUGUAAGGAGUGCAUGCUUUGUCUAGGCAUGCUUUGGGAUGAAUGCUGUGACUGCGUUGGGAUGUGCAAUCCUCGCAAUUACAGUGACACACCUCCAACUUCCAAGAGUACUGUUGAAGAGUUGCAUGAGCCAAUCCCUUCUCUUUUUCGGGCACUCACAGAAGGUGACACUCAGUUGAACUGGAACAUUGUUUCCUUCCCUGUUACAGAAGAAUUAUCACAUCAUGAAAACUUAGUCUCGUUUUUAGAAACUGUGAACCAUCCCCAACAUCAAAAUGUCUCUGUUCCAAACAACAACGUCCACAUAUCGUACUCCAAUGACAAAGAGCGCAUGUGUACAGUGGUUUACUUUGAUGACUGCCUAUCAGUACAUCAGUGCAAGAUCUCUUGUGAAUCUAUGGGUGCAUCGAAAUACCGAUGGUUUCAUAAUGCCUGCUGCGAAUGUAUUGGACCAGAGUGUAUCGACUACGGCAGUAAAACUGUAAGAUGCAUGAACUGCAUGUUUUGAAGCGGAAAGGUUGACUGGUAAUAUGGACACUAAAAUUAUUUUUA